AUGGCUCAAAACGCGUCGCCGAAUGUUGUCGCGUCACCUUCAACCUCUUCCAAACACAGACAUGGAGACAACGGCUUUCUGCGCAACAUGACUUUGGCUCUCCUCUCUCUCCCGGUAGAGGUGCUCGAGCUCAGCCUCGAGCAUAUCGUCCCGGAAAUCAUCAAGACGGGCUCGCUGCGAGCGAUCGACAUCCGGCACAGGCAGCAAAGCGAGGCUCUCCGCCGGGCAUCUUUGGCCUGCCGCCAGCUGAAUCGCAUCGCGACCCCUCUGCUCUACCGCCACCUCGCCAUCGCCACGCCCGAACAAUGCGCUUCCCUGUUCCAUACGCUGAUCUGCACCCCGGCGCUGCGCCUGUACGGUCGCAGCUUUGCGUGCCUGGCUUUACUGAGAGCUGGAUCACGUCAAGGCUACCGGGUGGUGACCAACCAGCUGUACCGUUAUACGCAGCAAUUUGUCAGCUAUCAUGAUCAGUCCCUGGGCCUUUCCCUUGACAGCCUGGCGCAAGAGGUCUUGGACUGCAUUGGUAUUCGCUGUAACCAGCACGAUCCAGCGACUCCUAUGUGGGAGGCAGACCGCAUGAUCAUUCCACGCGCCGUCAUUGCCAUAAUGCUGGUUUUGCCCUGCAUAGAGGAUUGCCUCUUGGAGCUUCCCGAAUAUAACCUGCCUAUCGACGCGAAUCUCAGCCUCUCAGCACUUGGGAUCCCCCACUGCUACCACCCCAGCUGGGGAGGUUUUGCGCUGAGCUCAUUGCACACCCUCCGCCUCCAAGGCAACGCUUCUAUUUCUAUGGUUGGCGAGGUGGCGGAUCCCGUCAUAUGGGCCACUUCCGGCCCAGCUCUCCCCCGGAUUCCCAACUUGCGAAACCUGGACCUCCUUUACGACGAUCGCGUUUAUGACCACGGUUACUGUGGUCCACCUAUCUUCAAUGGUCGAGCGCAUCCCGGGUGUGUCUUCUCGGCUCUAAACCAGCUCCAACAACUUCGCCUAACAAAGAGCAGGGCAGCCCCUGCCCAAGUUGCCUGGUCUUUGAGCCGAUGCAAAUCCUUAACCAGCCUCACUUGGACCUUCAGACAAGCACUCUGGUGUAUAUAUGCCAACACGAGCCUGGACGGAAUUCUGGAAAAAGUGCGCGAGACUCUUCGGCACUUGCGAAUCGAAAGUUUGACAGUUGGCUUCACCAUAGGAGAGAAAGGUGCGGAUCCGCCCCAGAUCUACGAGUACAGUCAUUGCAUUAUGGUCGAGUCGCUCUCCGCGUUUCCGUGCCUUGAGAGCAUCGUCAUCGAUCUGAUGACACUGCUGGAGCCCUCGCACCUCUACCGCAUCCAGCAGAGAACUAACUGCAGACUGUCGGAUCUGCUUCCACCCAACAUCGAACGACUCGAGCUCAUCGAGAAGUCUCUAGAUGACACGUACGGCACGCCCAAAUACAACACCUACCACGCCUCCGACCCUGCCGCUCAAGCCUUGCUCGCGGAACCCCUGAAACAUUCAAAGAUCCACGACCGAUGUCUUCAUCUCGUCCUGUGGACCUUUGCCCGCACGUGCAACGUGGAGCAACCACGCCUCAGAUCGUUCGUCUUCCAGGCCUUCAGGCCAGCGAGGAAGGUGAACCGAAGAUGA